AUGUGCUCUCCAUGUACUAAGGAACGCCACCGCAGUGGCUAUACAACAGAUUUCUCAUAUGACUUGGUCCCCCUGCUAGGAACACAUCGACGUGAAUGCGAUAUCCAACCUACAUGUGCCAACGUUGCAGGAUCAGGCUCAUACGAUCAGGGUGUGCAGAUUUCCCCUGUGCAGAAGCGAUCUCGUCGACUCGGGAUGGCGGCUGAACCGUGCUUUCGAGGGUUUCAAGAGGUCACCAGGGUAUCAGUGGAAACGAGAGGGCGGAUGAGUUGGCGACGGAUGGACACGCUGGGCUUCUUAGAAACAUAA